CGCGUACAUAGGCUCCAGCAACGUGCGUCUGUUCUGUUCUUCUGUGCUUUUUCUUUUGUUUUGUUUUACGGUUGACGGAGAGAAAAACCCUAGGAGAGAGAAAAACCCUAGAAGCUCUUGACAAUGUCUGCAACCGGUGCUGGUGGUGGUCAGGAGGAAGAAAAGAAGCCCAUGGAUCAGUCUGGCCACAUCAAUCUCAAGGUCAAAGGCCAGGACGGGAAUGAAGUGUUCUUUAGGAUCAAACGUAGCACUCAACUACGGAAGCUCAUGACUGCUUACUGUGACCGGCAGUCUGUGGAGUUCAACUCCAUUGCAUUCUUAUUCGAUGGACGUCGACUUCGCGCAGAGCAAACACCGGAUGAGCUUGAGAUGGAGGAUGGCGACGAGAUUGAUGCAAUGCUGCAUCAAACUGGAGGUGGCCAUGUAUGUUUCUAGCUGCAAAUUGGUCUACAUAUGUAAGGGACUAUCAUGGGGGGUGGGAUAUUUGCCUUUAGUUCUAAAAACUUGUUCGUCUAUGGAAAUAUUCGUAUGAAGAAAAAUGGAUCUGAUGCAAAUUGAAAAUGUAUUUUGACUAAAGUUAGUUUUUGGUCUAGCAAGGCAAGCCUGCUUGAUGGGGCAUAUUUGGAUUUUAUUGUUGCCAUUCUGAAAUAUGGAAUCUAUUACAGGUUCCCCCUUGUGCCUAUCUA